AUGGCGGCAGCCCCUGGCACGUCGGUGACAGCGGCAGGCGGCGGCGGCGUCGCGGCGGCGGCUGGCGCGGCGGCGGAUGACGGCGGCCCGGCCGGUCGCGAAGCGCAGCGCAGGAGAAGGGGCAGCAACGAGGAGAAGGGAAGCAAACGAGGAGAAGGGGCGGCAAGGAGGAGAAGGGGCGGCAAGGAGGAGAAGGGGCGGCAAGGAGGAGAAGGGGCGGCAAGGAGGAGAAGGGGCGGCAAGGAGGAGAAGGGGCGGCAAGGAGGAGAAGGGGCGGCAACGAGGAGAAGGGGCGGCAACGAGGAGAACGGGCGGCAACGAGGAGAAGGGGCAGCAACGAGGAGAAGGGAAGCAAACGAGGAGAAGGGGCGGCAAGGAGGAGAAGGGGCGGCAAGGAGGAGAAGGGGCGGCAAGGAGGAGAAGGGGCGGCAAGGAGGAGAAGGGGCGGCAAGGAGGAGAAGGGGCGGCAAGGAGGAGAAGGGCCGGCAAGGAGGAGAAGGGGCGGCAAGGAGGAGAAGGGGCGGCAAGGAGGAGAAGGGGCGGCAAGGAGGAGAAGGGGCGGCAAUGAGGAGAAGGGGCGGCAAGGAGGAGAAGGGGCGGCAAGGAGAAGAAGACAAGGAGAAGAAGACAAGGAGAAGAAGACAAGGAGAAGAAGACAAGGAGAAGAAGACAAGGGAAAGACAUAGUGGCAGCAGCUCUAACAGAUGCAAGAGCUGGGAGACCCCGAUGCUGUACAUUAGCCACUCUUCCUUUCGCUGCUCCAUUCAGCCGCUGAUUGAUACAGGUGCGGUAUGGUACAUAUGCGUGUUCGUGGGCUCAACCACAGGUGCUCAACCACAGGUGCUCAACCACAGGUGCUCAACCACAGGUGCUCAACCACAGGUGCUCAACCACAGGAGAAGGGGCGGCAAGGAGGAGAAGGGGCGGCAAGGAGGAGAAGGGGCGGCAAGGAGGAGAAGGGGCGGCAAGGAGGAGAAGGGGCGGCAAGGAGGAGAAGGGGCGGCAAGGAGGAGAAAUGGCGGCAAGGAGGAGAAGGGGCGGCAAGGAGGAGAAGGGGCGGCAAGGAGGAGAAGGGGCGGCAAGGAGGAAAAGGGGCGGCAAGGAGGAGAAGCGGCGGCAAGGAGGAGAAGGGGCGGCAAGGAGGAGAAGGGGCGGCAAGGAGGAGUAGGGGCGGCAAGGAGGAGAAGGGGCGGCAAGGAGGAGAAGGGGCGGCAAGGAGGAGAAGGGGCGGCAAGGAGAAGAAGGGGCGGCAAGGAGAAGAAGGGGCGGCAAGGAGAAGGAGGGGCGGGAAGGAGGAGGAGGGGCGGCAAGGAGGAGAAGGGGCGGCAAGGAGGAGAAGGGGCGGCAAGGAGGAGAAGGGGCGGCAAGGAGGAGAAGGGGCGGCAAGGAGGAGAAGGGGCGGCAAGGAGGAGAAGGGGCGGCAAGGAGGAGAAGGGGCGGCAAGGAGGAGAAGGGGCGGCAAGGAGGAGAAGGGGCGGCAAGGAGGAGAAGGGGCGGCAAGGAGGAGGAGGGGCGGCAAGGAGGAGAAGGGGCGGCAAGGAGGAGAAGGGGCGGCAACGAGGAGAAGGGGCGGCAACGAGGAGAAGGGGCGGCAACGAGGAGAAGGGGCGGCAACGAGGAGAAGGGGCGGCAACGAGGAGAAGGGGCGGCAAGGAGGAGAAGGGGCGUCAAGGAGGAGAAGGGGCGGCAAGGAGGAGAAGGGGCGGCAACGAGGAGAAGGGCGGCAACGAGGAGAAGGGGCGGCAAGGAGGAGAAGGGGCGGCAAGGAGGAGAAGGGGUGGCAAGGAGGAGAAGGGGCGGCAACGAGGAGAAGGGGCGGCAACGAGGAGAAGGGGCGGCAAGGAGGAGAAGGGGCGGCAAGGAGGAGAAGGGGCGGCAAGGAGGAGAAGGGGCGGCAAGGAGGAGAAGGGGCGGCAAGGAGGAGAAGGGGCGGCAAGGAGGAGAAGGGGCGGCAAGGAGGAGAAGGGGCGGCAAGGAGGAGAAGGGGCGGCAAGGAGGAGAAGUGGCGGCAAGGAGAAGAAGGGGCGGCAAGGAGAAGAAGGGGCGGCAAGGAGAAGAAGACAGGGAGAAGAAGACAAGGAGAAGAAGACAAGGAGAAGAAGACAAGGAGACGAAGACAAGGAGAAGAAGACAAGGAGAAGAAGACAAGGAGAAGAAGACAAGGAGAAGAAGACAAGGGAAAAAGUAAGGAAGAGAAGGGGCGGCAACGAGGAGAAGGGGCGGCAACGAGGAGAAGGGGCGGCAACGAGAAGAAGGGGCGGCAACGAGGAGAAGGGGUGGCAACGAGGUGAAGAGGCGGCAAGAAGGAGAAGGGGCGGCAAGGAGGAGAAGGGGCGGCAAGGAGGAGAAGGGGCGGCAAGGAGGAGAAGGGGCGGCAAGGAGGAGAAGGGGAGGCAAGGAGGAGAAGGGGCGGCAAGGAGGAGAAGGGGCGGCAAGGAGAAGAAGGGGCGGCAAGGAGAAGAAGGGGCGGCAGGGAGACGAAGGGGCGGCAAGGAGAAGAAGACAAGGAGAAGAAGACAAGGAGAAGAAGACAAGGGAAAGAGGGGAACUGCAACUUCAAGUAAGUCUGAGGAAGAUGCUGAGUUCCAGGAGAAUAAUAUUGAUGCAGAUGCUCUGACUAAUCCUCACAGUAUGAUUCAAACAUUAGUGGACAUGCCUCCAGCUAAAUGGAAGAAACAGGGAGAUUAUAGUUUGAUUAAGGAAGAGUUCCCCCAGGGCAUAUUUCUAUGUGACACUAUAGAGUGCACAGAAGCAGAAUAA